ACGGCAAGAUCUUAGUUUCUCUGGCAUGGUUCUUCUCCAUACUUUUCUCCAUACCCAUGUUUUUUAUAACCAAAGAAGUGAUGGAAGACGACGGCAUCAACAAACAGUGUUGGAUAGACUUCACAGAGGACUGGCAAUGGCAGCUCUACAUGACCUUAGUAUCCGUGGCCUUGUUUAUAAUUCCUGCAGCAAUUAUAAUAAUUUGCUAUGCCAUCAUCAUCCACAUUAUUUGGAGUCAAGGCAAGAAGAUAACGGCUGACGAAUGCACGGAAAACGUCAAGAAAUCAGGCAGCAAUAGAUCACAGACAAAAAUCUCGAUGAACAUAGCCAACCAUUGUUCUAGAAGUCUCAUACCUCAGGCCAAGAUUCGAACUGUGAAAAUGACUUUUAUCAUCGUUUUAGUUUUUAUCGUCUGCUGGAGUCCCUACAUGAUAUUCGAUCUCCUUCAAGUUUACGGAUAUUUUCAGCCCACUCAACGAACUAUCGCCAUUUCAACAUUCUUCAACAGCCUAGCACCUUUAAAUAGUGCUGCCAAUCCGAUCAUUUACGGUAUAUUUAGUACGCGAAUCUGCCAGAAUCUCAGAAAUAUCCCGUGCCUCAGCAAACACUUCGGCGAGAGGGACUCGCGCCACACACGCUACGGAGUCACAAGCACCGGGAAUUCGACAGCUGUGCCGCUACAAAUACAACCAUCACAGUCACGCCCUCAAUAUUCAGCCUGUUCUCGUUUAAAUGCUAAGCAGCCGACACAGACUUUAUACAAUUCUACCAACCCCAAGGCCGUGACGACCGUUUCUCCCAAGAGUCAUUCUAUUUUGAUGAAAACAAUGGUUGUUCAUUUAGAUGACGCGUCAUAGAAAGACAUUCACAGCGAAGAAGAGAGCGAUAUUAUCAUCUAAAACAUCGUACAUUAUUUCAUUGAAUUUUGUCUUAUUCUUUAAAAAAUAUUGUAUACUAUUAAGUGUCAAAAGUUUUCAUACAACAUCUCUAUCUAAUUACAGAUUAAAUUAGGUUAAAACAGUCAUUCAUGUAUCAUAUUUAAUGCAGAUAUGUAAUGAUAGGUUAUUGAUAACGCCUAAUGACGCAGAAAUGCAUUCAACGUUUUCAUUCACCGCUGCUCAGACGAGUUUCGCUUCUCUCUCUGUUAUGUACGUUUGAAACACGGCGCAUCCAUAGGAGACACUGUUUUCGGACGAAUACCACAGUUCAUUUUGCUUAUCACAAUAUAUCUACAUCACAUAAAUGGCUAUACCUACCUACAUACCAACCUACUUAUAUACCUACCUACUUACCUACCUACCUACCUACCUACCUACCUACCUACCU